AAAAAAUCGAUAGAAUCGAAAAAAAUAUAUAUUUCCCCAUGACUAUUUGGCAAUCUCUUGCGAUUCUCAUCGAGUCAACCGGUUCUCAUCAAGUUAAUGAACACUCGUAAAAGAUAACAGCACUAUGAACAACGUUUUUAAGUUCUUACUUUUAGUGUGCUUCGCACAGAAAUUUAGUUUUGGCUAUGAAAAAGUGACUAAUACGGUGACCAAACUGAGAGAAGUUUUGUCAUGGAAGCAAAUUAGCUACGAAAUUGACGGGAUUUUGUAUAAUCGAGACGCAAAUUAUAAAAAAACAGCCAACGCUCUGUAUUUCGAGGACGAUCUGGAAGACAGUGAAAAAUAUUUCAUUCAAUACAACAACGUUCCUAUAGGACUAGAAGUUUGGGGCGAUAAAAUAUUUGUGACAGUGCCUAGAAGACGCUUUGGAAUCCCAUCAACUCUUAACUUCGUCAGAAAUGCUCCGUGGAAAUCGCCAGGACUACAACCUUAUCCUGGGAGUGAGGACCUGGUAUCUGUGUACAGACCUAGGAUAGAUGUGUGCGGGAGACUUUGGAUGGUCGAUACUGGACUGCUGGAAGUACCAGGGAAUAGAAAGCAGCUAAGGAAUCCUUCAAUUGUGAUCUUCGACCUUAAGACUGACAAACUGAUUUUAAGAUACGAGUUCAAUGACGCAGAUCUUGUCAACGAAAGAACUCCUGGAGGUCUAACCUCAAUAACAGUAGACGUUACCAAAGACCGAUGUGAUGAUGCUUACGCCUAUAUCAACGACCUUGCCACAGAAAGCAUGAUUGUAUACUCAUUGAAGUCGAAUACAAGCAGACGUCUGAACCACCCCAGUUUCGUCCACGACGAGGCCGCUCUGAACUUCACUGUUGCUGAUUAUGUUAUCAACUGGCGAGAUGGUCUUUUCAGUAUUGCUUUAUCAGAGCCCGACCCUCGUGGUGACAGAACAGCGUUUUACCACCCGAUGGUGUCCAACCAAGAAUUCUCCAUCAACACCCAGUUUCUCAAGAGUGGAGAUAUUGAUAACAAUGUCAAGGUUGUAGGCACACGCGGUGUUAAAACUCAAAGCGGAUCACACGGCUAUCACGCAGCAACGAAGACACUCUUCUUCGCGAAUCCAGCCCAAGACGCCAUCCUGUGUUGGCGUGUCGACACCAUAAUGGCGCCCGCAAACAUCGGCAUCGCUAUUCAAGAUCACGCUAAAUUGGUUUACAUAUCGGAUCUGAAGAUAAAGGGUGACGACCUUUGGGUUCUUGUUAACCAAAUGCCGAAAUUUGUGUUCUCGAGGCUAAAUACGAGCGAGGUUAAUUUUUACAUACAUAGUGGAAAAGUUCGCGACCUUAUCCGGAACACGCCGUGCGAACAGUAAAUACAAAAUAAAUAAAUAUACUACAAAAAUAUACACGUCAACUUUUGUGAACACAUGUUGGCGCGAUGCAGAAUCUUUAUAGCGCCAUAUAGUUUAGUUAAAGUCAAAGUCAAAAAUAUCUUUAUUCAAGUUGGCCCAUAGGUGGCACUUUUGAUGCGUACAUAAGAAUU